GACACUUUAGGGACUUGCUCUUGCACUACCCACGCCCAAGGUAGCCUUGCAGAAAAGAGAGGGUCAUCAUGCCUGGCUCAGCACUGCUAUGCUGCCUGCUCUUACUGGCUGGUGUGAGGAUCAGCAGAGGCCAGUACACCCGGGAAGACAACAACUGCACCCAUUUCCCAGUCAGCCAGACCCACAUGCUCCGAGAGCUGCGGACGGCCUUCAGCCAGGUGAAGACUUUCUUUCAAACAAAGGACCAGCUGGACAACAUACUGCUAAACGAUUCCUUAAUGCAGGACUUUAAGGGUUACUUGGGUUGCCAAGCCUUAUCAGAAAUGAUCCAGUUUUACCUGGUAGAAGUGAUGCCCCAAGCAGAGAAGCAUGGCCCGGAAAUCAAGGAGCAUUUGAAUUCCCUGGGAGAGAAGCUGAAGACCCUCAGGAUGCGGCUGCGGCGCUGUCAUCGAUUUCUCCCCUGUGAAAAUAAGAGCAAGGCGGUGGAGCAGGUGAAGAAUGAUUUUAAUAAGCUCCAAGACAAAGGCGUCUACAAGGCCAUGAAUGAAUUUGACAUCUUCAUCAACUGCAUAGAAGCAUACAUGAAGAUCAAAAUGAAAAGCUAAAACACCUGGAGUGUGUGUUGAGUCUGCUGGACUCCAGGAACUAGACAGAGCUCUCUAAAUCUGAUCCAGGGAUCUUAGCUAACGGAAACAACUCCUUGGAAAACCUCAUUUGUACCUCUCUCCAAAAUAUUUAUUACCUCUGAUACCUCAGUUCCCAUUCUAUUUAUUCACUGAGCUUCUCUGUGAACUAUUUAGAAAGAAGCCCGAUAUUAUAAUUUUACAGUAUUUAUUAUUUUUAACCUGUGUUUAAGCUGUUUCCAUUGGGGACACUUUAUAGUAUUUGAGUAUUUAAAGGGAGAUUAUAUUAUGUUAUAUAAUGGGAGGGGUUCUUCCUUGGGAAGCAACUGAAGCUUCUAUUCUAAGGCUGGCCACACUUGAGAGCUGCAGAGCCGUUUGCCAUGGUGUCCUUUCAAUUGCUCUCAUCCCUGAGUUCAGGGCUUCUGAGAGAGUUGUGAAGACGCUCAUGGGUCUUGGGAAGAGAAACCAGCGGGAUUCUUUGAUGAUCAUCCCUGCAGCAGCUCAGAGGGGUCCCCUACUGUGAUUCCCCAACCGCUUCAUCCCUGAAAACUGUGGCCAGUGUGUUAUUUAUAACCACCUAAAAUUAGUUCUAAUAGAACUCAUUUUUAACUAGAAGUAAUUCAAUUCCUCUGGGAAUGGUGUAUUGUUUGUCUGCCUUUGUAGCAGACUCUAAUUUUGAAUAAAUGGAUCUUACUC